AUGACCCUCCAACGGGGAUUGAGCACUACCAUUCUGGACCGCUUAGUAGCACGGUGGCUGGGAUUCCCACCAGAACUAUGCUCUUAUACGCUGACCAGCGUGCGCAUUCCGGUAUCGAAUGGAUCCGAGCCGAUUGAACUCGCGGCGAGCUUGUACCAGCCUGUGCUUGCCAAAGGCCAAACACUCGCAAGUACGAUUCUCAUUCGAUGUCCAUACGGUCGAGGAACGGUCUUCACGGUGCUCAGCGCCCGUCCAUACGCCUCGCGUGGUUAUCAAUGCCUGUUUGUGAGCUGCCGUGGCACAUUUGGCUCGGGAGGUAGAUUUGACCCAUGGUGCAACGAAGAAGAGGAUGGACAGGCGGUGGUGGAGUGGAUGAGAAAACAAGACUGGUAUACGGGGUCGUUUGCGACGCUGGGGAGCUCCUAUUUGGGCUACGUGCAAUGGGCGCUGUUGCGAGAUCCCCCAUCGGACAUGGUCGCUGCGGUGAUACAAUGCGCGCCUCAUGACUUUAGCCAGCAGUUAUGGGGAACAGGCUCACUGGCACUGGAAUGGAUCACUUGGGGCGAAAAUAUCCUCCAUCAGGAAGAGAGCGGACUUUUCCCGACACUCAAGAAGCUGAACACGCCAAACCGGAUGCGAACUAUACUGGAUCGGAUACCGUUAGCAACCAGCGUGAAAGAUCAUUUCCACGGUCGUGCGCCCUGGCUGGAGUCGGUUGUCGACGCAGAUGCUUCCAAUCCAUAUCACGAACAAAUGAAAUUUGGAGAAGCGCUAGAACGUGCAGAUAUCCCUAUACUGCUGGUUGGCGGAUGGUACGACGUCUUUGCAACACAGACGAUACAGCAAUACAUGCGUCUUGCUGAGCGCAAUACCAAAGUUGCGCUUUUGAUGGGCCCGUGGAAUCAUAUGCAGGUUGGACAGGCUUCGAGAGUCUAUCAGCAGUCGUUCUCCUGGCUGGAAGAGCACCUUGCAAAACGAACGCAACGAACGCUAUCCAGAAACAUGGCGGUGCAGUUUUUCGUCACUGGGGCCCAGGAAUGGCGAGAAGUGCCCAAGUGGCCACCGCCGACAAUCGCACAAGAGUUAUAUCUGCAAUCUGGGAGGCGUCUUGAUGCGAAAAAGCCAUCAGCUAGGACUUCAUCCAUGUUUACUUUCGACCCAAAGCAACCAACCCCUACAAUUGGUGGCAACCUACUUCUAGGAGGCGGGAGUGUGGAUGACACGGUACUUGGAUCCCGCUCCGAUGCCUUGGUGUUCACGACCGAAGCCCUCGAACAGGAUUUGGAAAUUUCUGGAAAGAUCGCUGUUGUGCUGAGCUACACCAGCGAUGCCCCAAAGGUGGAUCUGUUCGUACGCAUCAGCGAAGUCGAUGAUAAAGAACGGUCCCAUUGCAUUGCGGAAACAUACAAGCGCCUGCAUUCAACUGGAGAAGAUGAUCCUAUCAUUCUCCUUUUGAACGACUGUGCACACCGGUUUUUGAAGGGCAAACGGGUAAAACUCAUUAUUACUGGAGCGUCGCAUCCGCAAUUCGCAAUGAACAUUGGGGAAGAUCUACAUACCGUGGCUUAUACAAUCUUCCAAGGAGGAAAGGGAGCGUCGAGAGUGAUAUUGCCCGUUGGAUCAUUGUAA